CGCUGUCGGUGGCGCUGGUGGCUUGCAAUUUGUUCCGUUUACUCUGUUGAAGUAGCUUUCAAGCUUAUGGUGCGCGUAUCAAGAGUGUGAGAUUGUUUUGGCCGUAAACUGAUCUGCGAAAAUCGUGCGUGGCAUUGAAUCUUAUCGGAAACAGCAAUAAAGCUUAAGUUUGCGAAAAUGGUGGAGACAGCAACAAUAACAACUACCACUAUUAGCAUGCCUGCCAGCAGUAAUGCUGCAACGGCAACAGCAGCCACGCCCACCGCAUCGCAAGCAGCUGCACAGGCGCGUCGUAAUGAUGAGACAACGCGCGCUAUUUUCAAUGUAAAAAUAAUCAUCUUUCUGCUGCUGUUGCCAAUCGUGCUCUUUGCUGUAUUGCUCAAGCAUUUCUUGGAUUACCUGUUUGGUUUAGGGCUGAAAGAGAAGGAUGUGAGCGGUAAGGUGGCUUUGGUGACUGGAGGCGGCAGCGGUUUGGGACGAGAAAUUUGUUUGGAGUUGGCCAGACGGGGCUGCAAGUUGGCGGUGGUGGACGUUAAUUCAAAGGGCUGCUACGAGACGGUUGAUCUAUUAACCAAAAUACCGCGCUGUGUGGCCAAGGCGUAUAAGAACGAUGUGUCCUCGCCUCGGGAAUUGCAGCUUAUGGCGGUCAAGGUCGAGAAAGAUCUGGGCCCCGUGGAUAUAUUGGUAAACAAUGCCUCGCUCAUGCCAAUGACAUCUACUCCUCAGCUCAAGAGCGACGAAAUUGAAACGAUAUUGCAGCUGAAUCUAGGCUCAUAUAUUAUGACCACCAAAGAGUUUUUGCCGAAAAUGAUUACCCGAAAAACUGGACAUAUUUUGGCCGUAAAUGCUUUAGCAGGUUUGGUUUCCUUGCCUGGUGCUGGCAUUUACACAGCAACUAAGUAUGGAAUUAUGGGAUUUAUGGAGGCAUUGCGUUUGGAAUUGCGCCUCUCGGAUUGCGAUUAUGUGCGCACAACUGUAGCCAACGCAUAUCUGAUGAAGACCAGUGGCGACCUUCCACUGCUAAGCGAUGCAGGCAUAUCAAACAGCUAUCCUGGACUGCCUACGACAUAUGUGGCUGAGAAAAUAGUCAAAGGUCUGCUCCUAAAUCAGCGGAUGAUCUAUGUGCCAAGAAUUUUUGCUCUUAGCGUCUGGCUGCUCAGACUUCUACCCACCAAGUGGCAGGAUUAUGUUCUGCUGCGUUUCUAUCACUUUGAUGUGCGCAGCUCGCAUUUGUUUUACUGGAAAUAAGGCGCUUUUUGUUUUCCAUUUUAGAUUUUACGGCUCGCUGUAAGCUACAAAUAUAUAUAUAUAUACGUGCUAUUUAUUAAAUCUCGAUUCACACAAGUAACAAAUGAACUGUACUCAUAUAAAUACAUUGUUUUCAUUAUCUUUUCCACAAAUGUUUCAUUUUCUGCUCUUUCCCCAUACUUCCCGUGUAUAUACUUAAGAUAACUCAUAAUUCAAGUACCACUAAUAAAUAAUAAUCAAAAAUAA